UUUGAGAGAAGUAGACAACAAUGUUUUUCAUCGAAUGAACGGUGGCGGUCGUAUGAAUGGUCCAGUGGACACAACGCUAUAUGAUAUUCUGAAUGUGAAACCGAAUGCUACAAUGGAUGAAAUUAAAAAGUCCUAUCGUCAUUUGGCAAAAGAACACCAUCCCGAUAAGAAUCCGUCUGAUGGCGACAAGUUCAAGGAAAUAUCAUUUGCUUAUGAAGUGCUAAGUAAUCCAGAGCGAAGAGAAAUUUAUGACGUUAGAGGUCUCGACGGUAUCAAAGAAGGUGAUAGCGGAGGCGUUUCCGGUGCUGAAGAUCUUUUUUCAACUCUAUUUGGUGGUGGUCCGCUUUCGUCAUUUUUCGGUGGUGGUGGUGGACGACGAAGAAAAAUGCGUGGUCAGGACAUGGCCCAUCCACUAAAAGUAUCUCUCGAAGAUCUCUAUAGUGGCAAGAAGUCCAAACUGCAGUUGUCAAAACGAGUGAUUUGCAGCGCUUGUCAUGGUCGUGGUGGUAAGGAAGGAGUAUCGUACAACUGUCAAGAAUGUCGUGGAGCUGGUGUCAAGAGCGUCAUAAGGAAACUUGGUUCUGGUUUGAUUCAGCAAAUGCAAAUACAGUGCCCAGAUUGCAACGGAACAGGAACGAAAAUACCGGAAAAAGAUAAAUGCAAAACAUGUAGAGGCGAGAAAACUGUAACUGAAAAAAAGAUGCUGGAAGUGGUUAUUCAGAGAGGAAUGCAUGAUGGACAGAAGAUCUGCUUUAGGGGUGAAGGCGAUCAAGAGCCAGGAGUUGAACCAGGUGAUGUGAUAAUCGUGGUGCAAUGUAAACCACACGAUACGUUCCAGAGACAAGGUGACAAUUUACUUAUGCAGAAAAAAAUAUCAUUGAAUGAUGCACUGUGUGGUUGCCAGUUUGUAGUUAAGCAUUUGGAUGGUAGAGAACUGAUGGUAACUACUCGACCCAAUGAUAUUUUGGAGCCAGAUUGCAUUCGUGGUAUUCGUAACGAAGGGAUGCCCAUAGCGGACAGUCCGGGUGCUGGGGGUGUUCUGUUCAUCAAAUUCAAAAUCGAAUUUCCAGAAGAUAAUUUCUUAAAAGACGAAAAUGACUAUAAGUGUUUAGAAACGCUGUUGGGCGGUCGCCCACAAACAGGUCCGUUACCGGAAGGCGAAAACGUGGAAGAAGUUUCUCUGAUGUCUUACGAAGAGCGCCGUUAUGAAAAAAGAGGUCGUAGUGGUCCAGGUGAAGUGUAUCAAGAUGAUGUUGAUGAAGAAGAUGAAGAAAUGGGCAGUGGUGGUACACACAAUGUCCAGUGCGCCCAGUCAUAGUUCUCACGAUCUAGUGAUUUAAAAAAAUACUGGAGAAUUCAUCCUGCAAACUGCGAUGUAUCCUGGGUUUUCACAUUAAAAAAAUUUUAUGGAUUGACUGUUCGUGGCAUAAAUUCUGUUGAAAUCUCUGUACUUUUUUUCUGGAAAUCAAUUGCUUUUUAUUUGUUCCUGUACGACAUAUUAUAUAACUGGGUAGCACCUUGCGGUAAUUUUAUCUUUUUCUGAUGUCGAUCAGCCGUCAUGCUGCUUAUAGAUAUUUUUGAGGAGACUUUUGAUAAGCUCUUUUAUUUGUAAGCUUUUUUCUAUUUCUGGACAUAAAGUUGGUGUAUUGAAAUAAAGGACCGUCGG